ACCAGUCGCUAUAAACUUUGAGGGCGAGUUGUUGUGUCGCUCGAUAAAUAUAGGUUUGAAAACUUUAAAAUAAAACUUUUUUUGUUGUUGAAAACCGCAUAUCUUCUAUAAUAUGAAUGAGUUUUUUUAAACAAAUAGUUUUUAUACUUUCCUACUGUUUAUGUGAUAUAUGUGUGUUUGUGUGAAAAUAUUGUGCGUUUAGAAAUCACAUACGGACAGCAACCAUAAUGCCGCGUAAAAGAAUGCUAUUGUUGCUGUCACUACUAUCGCUUGUCAAAUUCUCACAAGAAUACGGUUCCGGGGCGCCGCCAUUGGCAUGUCUAGAUCAAUUUCCACGUCACAGCGACAUUCCUGCUCAAACCUCGGCGCCUCCGUACUCCAUUUUUACGUCACCCCAAGUGCGUCAGGGUGACACCCUCAAUGUUACUAUUGGAAGUCCAUUUGGUGCACCCACACCCAUUGGAGGUUUCAUUCUCCAGGCUAGGACCAUACAGGAUCGAGACAAAAUAGUUGGCAAGUUCGUUCGGGUGCCAAGCGACAUGGCGAAAAUAAGCUCAUGUCGCGGUGACAACGACACAGUCACUCACACGUCCCCCGAAGACAAACCGCCUCUCAGCUUCGUAUGGAACGCGCCCGCUGACUUCCUUGGCGGCAUCGAGUUCAGAGCUACUGUGGCACAAAGUUACGCCACUUUUUGGACGAACGUUGAAUCUUCGUUAGUGGAAGUCGUAACUCCUGAUACAGUUAUAACGACAUCCUCGCCACCAGCCCCCAGUCAAGGGACAACACCACCAGCGCCAGUUAUGACACAGAAUACGGUUAAAACCACUCAAGCGCCCCUCGACACAAUAUACCAGGGUUGUGCUGACACCAAACUGUGUUUCGGCGUUCCCGUAAAUUGUAUUCAAUCAGGGAACUGCAAAGCCGUCGUCGCUGUUUUCGUGGCCGGCGACACUUACACUUUCGAAAUCCAGGGUAUUGACAACCCUAAAUACGUGUCCGCGGGAUUGAGUACCAACAACAAGAUGGGCGACGAUAGUGCCAUGGAGUGUGUUAGGAAUGACAAUGGCAGGGUCAGUUUGUUCACGUCGUGGACCUACCCGAAGGUGGAGCCGUAUGUGCGGAGGUCGGAGUCUCCGCAGGAUAUAGUGCAGUUGCUAGAAUCUUCGGUCAUAGACGGGAAGUUGUAUUGCAAGUUCAGGAGAGAUGCUGUGUCGACCGUGAACGGACAAACGUUUGAUUUGAUCAACGAACAGUACUAUCUGAUGGUUUUGUCCGGUAGCGACAUGAAGGAUGCAGACCGCGUCGGUUUUCACAACCUGGCCUAUGAGGCGUCCGGCGCGCCGUACUCGCUCGCAACAGUCGGUGCGGCGGCGCCUGCCUCUAGACUGCUCAUUAAACUACACGGUUCUUUCAUGAUCACUGCAUGGAUGGGAGCGACUUCGCUGGGAAUCUUAUUGGCCAGAUAUUUCAAAAAGACGUGGGUAGGAAAAACUCUUGGCGGAAAAGAUGUAUGGUUCGGCUCUCACAGAAUACUGAUGAUGUUAACGUGGGUGUUGACCAUAAUCGCCUGUAUCCUGAUAGUGCUAGAGGCCGGCGGCAUUAGAAUGGACAGCAUACACGCCAUCACAGGGAUCAUCACUGUAGUACUGUGCUUCAUACAACCUAUCGGUGCGUAUUUCCGUCCUCACCCGGGAACCAAACGGCGAGCUCUCUUCAACUGGAUCCAUUGGUUCAUUGGUAACGCGGCACACAUACUCGGGAUCGCAAGCAUCUUCCUCUCUGUGUAUCUCGUGAAGACUGAUCUGCCAUCUUGGGCCGUCUUCAUAAUGGCGGCAUACGUGAUAUUCCACGUUAUAACACACAUCGUACUAUCGCUGACGGUUUGUGUGUCCGAGGGUCGAAUAAGCAACGGACGUGUGAAUUCCUUCCCCAUGAAAGACAUGAUGGGUCAGAGACAGGUCACUAGUGUUGACAGGAGCGCUGACGCACCGUUCUCGUCGUUCAGAAAAAACCUGCUGGGAAUUUACACACCGAUAAUUUUACUUUUCACAGUCGCUAUGAUCACUCUUGUGGCGUUGGCGCCAAUCGCUGGAUAUACUGGCAUGGUUGGAACUUAAAGACAUUCCUGUAUAAUGUUGCCAUUUUUAAAACAUUUUUUAUUUCAUGAAUCAAGAUUACAAAUAAAAAAGUUUUAUAUUAUUAUUUUAGCACCUGUAAUGAAUUAAACUCAUGUUAACUUAAAGUAUUAUAUAAUAGGUGACAACUUUGUUAUAUUACAAAUUGUACAGUGCACAAAUAUUAUUAUUAAGUUAAUUUUUUUUAUUUAUUGUCCAUAUUUAUUUGCUAUAGUUAUAUCAUUCACCCUUGUGAUCCUUUUCCUGACUUUUACAAACCUUUUACACUAUUUUCAUUUAAGUUAUUUAAUAUCCGUCCAAAGUUUAUACAUUUUAUAUUAAGUAUAAGUUACACAUUUCAUAAUAAUAAUAAUUUUAUAAAAUUAUAAGGCGAUUUUGCGAUUGUUACACAAUGAUGAAAUUUUUGAAAGUGUAGCUUAAAUUGAGUUACCCCAAGAAUUAAAAUUGCUGAUAUCUAAAAAGUUUUUAUAUUCCGAACAAAUUUAAAUAUAGUUGAGAAUGAAGGAAUACUUCAUACAGAUUUUUGUUUUUUAUAUUUUUGAGUUGCAACUUUCAUCAAGUGACAUUGACAAUUAAUAAUUGACUAAUUUGGCUAUGGAUACCUUUUUAAUAUAAGACCUUACCAUUUUAGAUAAUGUAAAUAAAUGUUAAUAAAAAAAAUAUAUAUUUUUUUGUUUUA